AUGCUGGAUGGCUCGUGUACUGGUGGAGGCGCAGCGGGGGCUACCUUCACAGCAGCACUGCAAUUCUUCGCGGCCUCACAGUGCCUACUUAAUGAGCCCUGGCCUCAACAAUCCACCGUACUGAAUGAAUCGACGUUCGACUUUAUCGUGGUUGGCGGUGGGACAGCUGGUUCUGUCUUGGCGGCGAGGUUGUCGGAACUCAACGUCAAAGUGCUAUUGUUAGAGGCUGGAGGAAACCCGCCACAAGAAAGCAUUAUACCUGGAUACAAAAACACAAUGAAAGCAAGUCGUUUCGAUUGGAACUUCACUACCGUCGACGACAACUUCUCAAGUCAAGCCCUACAAGAUGGAAGCCAGCGGCAGCCACGAGGCAAAAUGUUAGGAGGAAGUGGAUCACUGAAUGAUAUGGUUUAUGCAAGAGGCUUUCCCGUAGACUACAAUGAGUGGGGUGAUAUAGUAGGAGAAGAAUGGAAUUGGAACAAUGUGUUGGAAUACUUUAAAAAGACUGAACAUUUGACAGAUGAAAGAAUAAUUAAUGAUCCUGAAUUAAAUAAACAUCAUGGUUUCGAUGGAGCAAUAGAGGUUUCUGGGCUUAAUGAAUCGACAUAUACGACGGAUAGAUUCCUUGAAGCAUUCGAGGAGUUAGGCUUUCAGUUAGUUAAAGACAUGACCUAUCCGCAAAUUAUUGGUGCUGGACGAUUUUCUCACACUAUUAAAGACGGUAGACGUGACAGUUCUCUUACAGCACUACUUAAUAAAGCAGCGAAGAGAGAUAACCUGUUCGUUUUAAAAGAGGCACUUGUUGCAAAGGUUUUUAUUGAGAAUAAUACAGCAAGUGGUGUUAAAGUCAUUGCGGAUGAAGAAGAAUUCUAUUAUUAUGCAAAAAAGGAGGUCAUUUUGUCGACGGGAACUUUCAAUACUCCAAAAUUGUUGCUUCUUUCAGGGGUUGGACCAAAGAGACAUUUAGAUGAAUUAGGGAUAGACGUCAAACAAGAUUUACCUGUGGGUGAAAAUCUACAUGAUCACAUCAUGGUACUUAGUUAUAUAGCUGCGGGAAAUGGUACAUGUAAUAGUGAUGAGAAGAGCUUGUACCUGGACGCAAUCAAAUAUCUAUACGAUCGCAGUGGAUCUUUAUCCAGAACUACGGAUGUAGGAGUUUAUAUCUCUUUGAAUGACUCGUAUAAUAACAACGUUCCUGAUUUCGCUAUUUAUCCAACUUGUAUGCCUCAAAAUAGUGGUUUCUAUGAGGGAUGUUUGAAUGUUCUAGGAUUUAGGCAGCAAAUUUGCGAAAAACUGAGCAUUGAAAAUAAACGCAAUGAAUUAUUAUCGUUGGCAGUGGUGUGUUUAAAACCAAAAUCAAGAGGUAGAGUUCGUAUAAAAUCAACGUAUUAUUUAGAUGAACCUGUCAUUUAUUCGGGAACUUUUAGUGAUCUAGAAGAUCUGGAAGGAUUCCCUAAAAUUAUGGAGACGGCAUGGGCUAUCGCAAAUACAACUUACUUCCAGACAAAGAAUGCUUAUGUAAUUGAUAUUGAAGUUGAAGAGUGUAAAGGCCUGGAGGGCAGGAAUAAAACAAAAUGUAUUGCUAAGACAACAGCAAUGUCGGCUUGGCAUUCAGUCGGAACCGCCGCAAUGGGGACAGUGGUAGACUCUGAACUGAAAGUGAAAGGAAUUAAAGGUUUGAGAGUCGUAGAUGCUAGUGUCAUGCCAAAGAUUAUUCGAGGUAACUCCAACGCACCAGUCGUGAUGAUUGCAGAAAAAGCCGCUGAUUUUAUAAAACACAGUUUGGAAUUAAGUUGA